AUGCGUGCCAGUUGGCAGCUUUGGGCUCGCGACGAUGUCGCUAGAGACUUGAAAGUAUCGCAAUGGCUCCCCGCCGCUGCUCUAACAACGGCAGCUUUGUUGGGUCCUACGAAGCCAAUCCUUCCGCCAGUGAAUGCAUUUCCUUCUGAGGAUGCUCUCGUCCUCGUCAAGGAGAAUAGAAUCUCAUCAGCUCCUGAGCUCUCUGCAUUCAAUCUCGAGAGGGCAACAACAGCAAAAACCAUGCUAAGUAUGCAAACGCCCCGAACAGGGCCCGUUAUGGAUUUGGCUCGGGUGUUGUCUACAGAAGAACAUCUGGCAAUCCUAACGAGCAUUCAACAAGCACAAGAUAGAACAGGGACUGAGAUUCAAGUCAUUCUGGUAGAUCAGAUUGACCCCGUAAAAAGAUCGCCUAAACAAAUGGCCACAGAUCUCUUCAAUCAAUGGAAGAUUGGUCCUGCAGGCAAAAACAAUGGCGUGCUCAUACUGGCCGUUCUGGACCAACACCGUGUCGAGAUCGAAGUAGGAAGUGGCAUUGAUACAUGGAUGUCGGCCGACUGGUGCACACGUACUCUUCAAGAGACAGCUGUGCCUCAGUGUCGGCAAGGUCAAUAUGGAAAAGGGAUCCUCCAAACCGUGGACCGCGUGGCAAAGCGUCUUGCUGAUGAUCCGCAUCCUCACGGUCAAUCCCACAAUGUGGCUGAGAGGACUGCCGAGGCACAACCUACUGCAUCUUCUUCCUCUGACUCUGUAUCUUCUUAUCGGCCAGUUUUUCUGUCGCUUAUUAGUAUCGCGCUAGUCUUGUCACGGGAUACAGCCUCAUCCAGUUGGAAGAGGCGAGGAGCGGGGCAGCAACCACUGGAGGAAAAAACGGAAGAGGACGAAGCGGAAAUCAAGAGGGCUGCAGCAAUACUUCGUGCUCGCUACUUGGCAGAAAACAGGCAAGUCAAGCCAAUCAAGAAGCUUAAGAAGAGCAAAACAAAGAGACGGGGUAUCAACAGCAAAAAAAGCAGUGGCUACAGACCUCGAUCGGGUGGUAACAAGAGUACCGGUACCGGCACUAGCAGCAGCAGCAGCAGCAGCUAUUACGACGACAGUUCCAAUUGGAGCAGUAGCAGUGGGACGUCUGAUUGUGGAGGAGGAUCUUCGGAUGAUGGAGGAGGAUCUUCGGAUGAUGGAGGAGGAUCUUCGGAUGGUGGCGGCGGCGGUGCUGACUGGUAG